GGUCACCUCGACAAAUUUCCUCCCAAAGCCCUUAUUGCAAGUUCUAAGUUACAAGGAUUUCCUCCGUUUCCGAAAACAUCCUUGCACCGGCGAGAAGCUUCACAAGCUCAUGCUCUCACUCACACACAAGCUUCGGACUCUGUCCUCAUCUCUAUGCUCCAAAUAUGAUCCAGUUCGAUCGGUCCGGACGAACGCCGGGCCGUCCAAGCGGCGCUCAAAGCCUGCUGCAUUCACUGUAAACAAGCCCGACCAAAAGUCCGAGUGGUGGGCUGUUGACGGCGAAAUGCACGAAAUCGGCGACAAUGUGCCCCCUCGCGAGCGAUUCGUUAUACCCAGAGAAAAUAUCCCCAAUCGGCGUCGAAAGCAGCUCAGGGAACAGUUCAUGCGUCGGACUCGCCUCGUUCUCAAAGAAUCUGAGCACGAGCCAUGGUGCAAAAAGUACAUGGAGCUUUAUCGGGAGCUAAGGGAAAACUGGGAGAGGCUGUACUGGGAUGAGGGUUAUUCCAAAAAACUUGCUCGGGAUCAUGCAAACUACGAGUCUUCUGAGGACGAAGAUUUUUCACCUUAUAGGAAUAGGCAAUCCAGUGCUGAUCGGAGUAAGGAACAGGAUUUUAGGAGGAACAUGCAAGUUGGUAACUGGGAGAAGGUCAGCCAGAUUAGAGAUAAGUUUGAAUACGACAGGGAGAGAAGAAUGAGAGAGAGAGCAUUUGCACCUAUGCAUGGAGAUCCAACUUUUGCCUCACAGAAUCCAAAUUCCCGAAGACAGCAAACAGAUGUGCAGCCACAAAGAUACUUGUCCGAGAGCGAUAGUGACUGACAAAAUGACUAAAAUUUAUCUGCAUCUAUGUGAAGAAGAGGUUAGGAAUAUCCUUAGUCCUUACAGCUCAUCUCUCCCUUUGCUGUAGUUGCCAUUAUAUCUGCAGUUGAUAGGGUGUUUUCUCAUCUCAAGUUUAAGACAACCAGAGUCAUUUUUGUUACAUCGAUAGGUUCAACUAGUGAUCUUUGGUUGGUUUCGAUAUUGUGUUAAUAUGCUCCAUUAGAGUGAACACAAAUAAACUGAACUAUUGUUACUGCUACAUUCAAACGACAUAACGGUUGAAAGAGCUUGGCAAUGGAGAGGCAUUUUCUGGCCUCCUUUUUAGGUCUCUGAAAGAAGACCAAUUGAGAGAGGUUGGUGAUGGAUGUAAUAUCUUUACUGUACACAUAUUCAAAUCUUAGGUUUUGUUACAAUUGAAUCCCAUGUGUAAGUUUUGCUGUCAAAGAUACUGUGAAGGAACUGAAAUGCUAAUAUGAUGAACAUUUGAAACUACAGCUUUUCAAGUUAAAUGACA